AUGCUGCACAGUCUGAUCAUAGUUACUGAUUCCAACACAACCGACUUCACCAACCCCUCCACCUUCAUCCUGCUGGGUAUUCCUGGCCUGGAGGUGGCCCACAUCUGGAUCUCCAUCCCCUUCUGCACCAUAUAUGCUAUAGCCAUCCUGGGGAACUUUUUCAUCCUGUUCAUUGUGAAGUGGGAGUCGAGCCUCCAUGAGCCCAUGUAUUAUUUCCUCUGCAUGCUGGCUGUCACCGACCUGGUCCUGUCCACAGCCACCAUGCCCAAAAUGUUGAAUAUAUUCUGGUUCAAUUCCAGGGAGAUCGAUUUCAGUGCCUGCCUCACCCAGAUGUACUUCAUUCACUGCUUCUCAGCAAUGGAGUCUGGGAUCUUAGUGGCCUUAGCUUUGGAUCGCUACGUGGCCAUCUGCCAUCCUCUGAGACAUUCCACCAUCCUGACAAAUUCUGUUGUGGCCAAGAUCAGCCUGGCCUUGGUUCUGCGCAGCAGCAUACUUGCAUUACCCUAUCCCUUCCUAGUGAGGCGGUGGCCAUAUUGCAGAACCAACAUCAUCCCCCACUCUUACUGUGAGCACAUAGCAGUGGUGAAGCUGGCCUGCGCUGACACCCAUCUCAGUAGUUACUACGGCCUCUUUAUUUUAUUCUCUGUGAUCGGUCUGGAUGUUUUUUUUAUCACCUUUUCAUAUAUUCAGAUCCUCAAGGUAAUCUUCAGCCUCCUCACAAAGGAUGCCCAGCUAAAGACUUUUGGGACCUGCGGCUCCCAUCUUUGCGCCAUCUUGGUUUUUUACAUCCCAGAUUUCUUCUCUUCCAUCACGCAUCGGUUUGGACAUAAUGUGCCCCUGCAUGUCCUCAUUCUCAUGGCUAAUGUAUACCUUUUGGUGCCCCCCUUGUUACACCCCAUCAUCUAUGGUGUGAGGACCAAACAGAUCCGGGACAGGCUGCUCCAGCUCUUUUCUCAUAAAGGAAACUAA